GUGGUGUCAUACGUGACCCGUUUUGCAAUGCUUAGCAUUACCGGUGUGUCCAUCGAGGGACAAACGACUCAAAAUAUUAAUAUUAUGUUUGUUAACGAAGUUGACAAUAACUUAGCCAAUGUUGCAGUAGAAGUGGCACUAAACUAUGUGAAAAAAAAUCCCCAAUUGGGCCUGUCGGUUGAUAUGGUUUACGUCGAAGGCAACCGUACCGAUUCAAAGGAUUUGCUUCAAGCAUUAUGCUCAAAAUACAGCCAAUCAUUAAAUAAUAACAGGCCACCGCAUCUUAUCCUGGAUACAACGUUAACAGGAGUUUCGUCCGAAACGGUAAAGUCAUUCAGUCUUGCUCUCGGCAUUCCUACAGUAUCAGCUUCGUUCGGCCAGGAAGGCGAUUUACGACAAUGGCGAGAUUUGUCCCCAACAAAGCGGGGUUAUCUGUUGCAGGUCAUGCCACCAGCUGAUAUGAUACCACAAGCAAUUCGAUCUAUUAUUAUCUAUAUGAACAUUACAAAUGCUGCUAUUCUAUACGAUAACACCUUCGUGAUGGAUCAUAAGUACAAAGCUCUAUUGCAAAAUAUUCCGACAAGACAUGUAAUUACCAGUAUCGCAGAGGAGCGCGAGCGAUCUGGUCAAAUUGAAAAACUUCGAAAUUUGGACAUCAACAAUUUCUUUGUGCUUGGUUCUCUAACGUCCAUCAAACAAGUUUUAGAAUCAGCAAGGAAUGAGUACUUCGAAAGAAACUUUGCCUGGCAUGUCAUCACUCAGGAGCAGAAGGACCUUGCGUGUAAUGUUGAAAAUGCAACCAUAAUGUUUCUGCGACCGAUGUCCGACAGUAGUAGCAAAGAUCGGCUGGGCAGCAUACGAACAACGUACAAUUUGAAGCAGGAACCUCAGAUUACAGCGUUUUUCUACUUCGAUCUUAUUCUUCGCGCUCUCAUUGCUACAAAGAACAUUUUGCAAUCAGGAUCGUGGCCAUCGAACAUGAAGUUCAUCACGUGCGAAGAUUAUGAUGGCACAAACACUCCAAACCACACCAUAGAUCUGAAAACAGCGUUAAUAGAAGUUACAGAACCAACUACUUUCGGUUCUUUUGAGAUUCCCAAAGGAAAGGCACCGUUCAACGGGAAUGCCUAUAUGAAAUUCUCCAUGGACAUCAAUGCGGUCACUAUUCGAAGCGGUGCGUCUGUGAAUACGCGGAAUUUGGGCACAUGGGAAGCAAGCCUUAAUGCUCCAAUUAGUGUGAACAAUGAGGCCGAUAUAAAAAACCUCACGGCGGAUGUAGUUUAUCGAGUGUACACCGUCGUUCAAGCCCCUUUCAUAAUGCGUGACCCAUCGGCUCCGAAGGGUUUUAAAGGAUACUGCAUAGAUUUGCUAAACAAAAUCGCUGAGAUCGUAGAAUUUGAUUACGAAAUUCGCGAGGUGGAGGAUGGAAAGUUUGGCAAUAUGAACGAAAAUGGCGAAUGGAAUGGAAUUGUGCGGAAGCUCAUCGACAAACAGGCGGAUAUUGGACUCGGAUCUAUGUCUGUUAUGGCUGAACGAGAAACCGUUAUUGAUUUUACUGUACCUUACUACGAUCUUGUUGGCAUCAGUAUUAUGAUGCAGUUGCCUAGCACUCCGAGUUCCCUUUUCAAAUUCCUUACGGUGCUCGAGACCAAUGUGUGGCUCUGUAUUUUGGCAGCGUAUUUUUUCACUAGCUUUCUGAUGUGGGUUUUCGAUCGGUACAGUCCGUACAGUUACCAAAACAACCGUGAAAAGUAUAAAAACGAUGACGAGAAGCGAGAGUUCAACAUCAAGGAAUGUCUGUGGUUUUGCAUGACUUCAUUGACACCACAGGGAGGUGGAGAAGCACCUAAGAAUCUUUCUGGAAGGUUGGUGGCUGCCACGUGGUGGUUGUUUGGUUUCAUAAUAAUUGCUUCUUACACAGCAAAUUUGGCCGCUUUUCUUACCGUAUCACGCCUGGAUACACCUGUUGAGUCGUUGGACGAUCUUUCCAAGCAAUACAAGAUUUUGUAUGCUCCACUCAACGGAUCCUCAGCGAUGACCUACUUCCAACGAAUGGCAGAUAUAGAAGCAAAGUUUUACGAAAUUUGGAAAGAAAUGUCGCUCAAUGAUUCUCUCACUGCUGUCGAACGUUCGAAACUGGCGGUUUGGGAUUAUCCAGUGAGUGAUAAAUACACUAAAAUGUGGCAAGCAAUGCUUGAAGCAGGCCUACCGAAUAGCCUCGAUGAAGCGGUUCAGCGUAUUCGCAAUUCCACAUCCGCCUCUGGUUUUGCUUUUCUUGGCGAUGCAACCGACAUUCGUUAUCAGGUGCUGACAAACUGUGACCUACAGAUGGUUGGUGAAGAGUUUUCACGCAAACCAUACGCUAUUGCUGUGCAACAAGGUUCACCUCUAAAGGAUCAGUUUAACAAUGCCAUUCUAAUGCUACUAAAUCGUCGCGAAUUGGAAAAGCUCAAGGAGCAGUGGUGGAAAAACGAUGAAGUACAAAAUAAGUGUGAAAAACCGGAUGACCAAUCCGAUGGUAUAUCGAUACAGAACAUUGGAGGUGUUUUUAUAGUAAUCUUCGUCGGGAUCGGCAUGGCAUGCAUUACGCUGUUGUUCGAAUUCUGGUACUAUAAAUAUCGGAACAACGAUAAAGUAGUAGACGUUGCUGAAUCAAAAGAUCAACGACAUACGGUUAUGAAAAAUGUAGCACACCCCGUUGUUAAGCUGAUAAAGCAGGAUUCGCCAAAAGAUGCAUCGAAGAGACAAACUCUCCGAACACGUUCAAUGAUGCCGAGUCUGAGCAAAUUUCAACCGCGUUUCUGAGCCGUUCAUCGCUUCAUUCCGACUUUGAACAAAUAAUUUCCGAUGUAAAGGACGAAUGACUUACAUAUGAACAUAGAUGCCGCCAAAGUUGAAUAAUUUCAUAACAACACAAUGACAUCUGAAAUGUUUGCAAACACUAUAUGGUACGAAAACGAUAAAAAUAUUGCACGUAGUGAGGAUCUGGAUGCGUUUGUGAAAAAUAAGUUGUGCUUUUGGUGUUUGGUGUCUGUUAUACAGAACUUCUAAGAUCACUCGA